GCGUCGCUUGCAACAUGGAUUAUUUUAAAGUUUUCGAAAUUGUAUUUCACUCGGAAAUCAAUCCCUUCCUGCUGAUUCCCUUCGUUGCAACGAUUGCACUUACGUUGUCUUGCUAUUGCUAUCACUGCUAUCAGUGCAUCCGCGAUCGUCGAAGAGCUCGCAUCGAGGAGCAGAAAGCACAGUUGCCACUGCCACUGAGUCGCAUGUCCAUCACGCCCGGUUGCUCCAUGGUGGCCAGCACGAGGCUAACGCACAGCCGGAAUAGCGUUGACAUCUAUUAAAAC